AUGGCGGCGGGGAGGGAAUGGGGGGAGCGGGGCUCGGCCGUGCUGGAGCUGCCCCGCACGCCGCGGCUGGUGUGCGUGGAGUACCCGGGGCUGGUGCGGGACGUCGAGGCCAUGCUGCAGACGCUGGGAGGAGAGCAGGGGGUGUCGCGGAUCUAUGCAGACCCUGCCAAAAGGCUGGAGCUGUAUUUUCGCCCCAAGGACCCUUACUGCCAUCCUGUGUGUGCCAAUCGCUUCCCUACCUCCACCAUGCUGCUCAAGGUGAGGAGGAGGACAAAGAAGAAGAAGAAACAGUUGGACACUGAAGAACAAAUCCAGCCAGAAGUUGAGUUUGAAAUGGAAAUUCUUGGGACUGUCGCCACUGUUUACAAAUUUCAAGGGAUGUCUGAUUUCCAGUACCUGGCCAUGCACUCUGGCCCUGAUGGCAAACACACCUCCAUGUAUGACAAAGUCCUAAUGCUCAAACCAGAGAAGGAAGAGUUCUUCAACAGAGAAUUACCUCUCCACAUCCCACCACCGAUCUUCUCACGUCUGGACACUCCUGUGGACUAUUUCUAUCGGCCAGACAUACAGCACCGGGAGGGAUACAACAACCCCCAGGUGUCUGGUGAGAACCUGAUUGGCCUCAGCAGGGCCAGGCGCCCGCACAAUGCCAUCUUUGUGAACUUUGAUGAUGAAGAAAUCCCAACUAAACCCCUGGAUGCUGCUGUGCAGACCUGGAAGAAGGUGUGCACCAAUCCUGUGGAUAAAAAGGUGGAGGAAGAGCUGAGAAAGCUCUUUGAAGUCCGUCCUGUCUGGUCUCGGAAUGCAGUAAAAGCCAACAUCAGUGUCCACCCAGACAAGCUGAAGCUUCUGCUGCCAUAUUUGGCCUAUUACAUGUUAACAGGUCCAUGGAGAAGCUUGUGGGUUAGGUUUGGCUAUGACCCCAGAAAAGAUCCUGAGGCAAAGAUCUACCAAGUUCUGGACUUCAGAAUUCGCUGUGGAAUGAAAUAUGGUUAUGCCCCUAAUGAUAUGCCUGUGAAAGCAAAACGCAGCACCUAUAACUACAGCCUGCCCAUCACUGUCAAGAAGCAAGUAAGUCACACAGUCAGUGUCCAUGACCUGAAGCAGGGGCUGGGCACGGCGGCUGCCGGCGGGGCGAAGAAGCCUGCCUCCAGCAGGUACAAACUGAAGGAAUCCAUCUACAUAUUCCGGGAAGGAGCCUUGCCCCCCUACCGGCAGAUGUUCUACCAGCUCUGUGACCUCAACGUGGACAGCCUCCAGAAGAUCAUCCACCGGAACGACGGCGCAGAGGCGGAGUGCACGGAGCGGGACGGCUGGUGCCUGCCCAAGACCAGCGACGAGCUGCGGGACACCAUGUCCCUGAUGAUAAAGCAGAUCAUCAGAUCCACCAGGCCUGCUCUUUUCUCAAAUACAACAAGCAGUGAAGAUGGCAAAGAGCAGCUGGCAUAUGAGUCUGGCGAGGAUGAGGAUGAUGAAGAGGAGGAGGAAGAAGAAGACUUCAAGCCUUCUGAUGGGAGUGAAAAUGAAAUGGAGACAGAGAUUCUGGACUAUGUAUGAAGUCAGGGAGCAGUCUGGCUGCUGUUGAGCAGAUUUAUCUCUGCUCUUGCACCCUGAGAGCUGAGGGUUCAGCCACCAUGCCCAGGGUGUGGGAAAGCAGAACUUGCACUAAGAUGACAGCAACCUCUCUGCACUGCUGACAGACAUCAUUCCUGAUGGUAGGGAGCCAUUGCCUACAUCACUGCUGGCUAAAAAGCCCUCAAACACCCUCAACAAACUCCCAAGAGCAUGCCCAGAAUCCAAACCAGCUGCUGAUGCACCAGAACAGAGGAGAAGUUGCCCUGGCAACACACCAGAAAGGAGAAGCUGCCUUCCCAAAUCUCUCACCUUGGCUGCAGUCAGGUCCCCUCUUUCUCCAGGACCAUGCUAGCAUGUUGGGAAAGGAGGCCAGGACAAGCCCUGCCUGGGAGCAGAGCCAGUUGAGCAUCAGUAUUUUAUUGCAAAGACUAAUUACAGUGCUGUGUACAAGUCACACCGGGCAGUGUGCUCCUUCAUUGAAGUGGUACAAAAUACAUAUGGUACAGCCAGUCCCUCCAGUGACACUGGGGGGAGGGGAGGGGAGCAGCAGGGGCCUGGAGCUGACAGGCACAGAGCAGAGGGAAGGCCCCAGGAUGCUGGUGCCCAAGGGCUGGGCUUCGGGCAGGGUGGGAGGCAGGAGGCUGCCGCUGCGUCAGGGAGCCAGGGGGCUCCCAUCAUGUGCAGCGCCGGGCGAUGCCACCCGAGGGGGCACGGGGCUGGGACAGCUCAGUGCCAGCCACGCUCCCACCCAAGCAGCCUCUUCCCCACCCGAUGCCAGGGGUCUGCAGCCCAGCCCCAGCCCGCUGAGCACGGCCCUGCAGUGUUGCUGCAUCCCCCGGCCCCUCUCCUUGGGCGGGGCAAGGUGCCGAACCUGCCUGGCAGCACAGGCAGACAGGAACCAGGGAAGAGAGGCUGGAAGGAAGAGCUUCAAAAGGAGAGAGAGCCAGGAGCAAAAAACAAAAGAGGUUCCCCCUUCAGUUAGUGUUUCCUACAACGAUUAAAAUGAGCAUCUCUGCCCCUGCUUGAGCAACUAAUGGUAGAGAAACAAGGGAGGGGGGUGGCCAGCGGGGUCUGCACCCCACCAGUGCAACAGAGUGCUGCUGCUGCUGCCAACAUCCCUCCCAGCAGCCUUCAGUAAGCAGGGUGGGGGAGAGGAGAGGGCCUGGGCUGCAGGACAAGGGGGAGAGGCUGGAUUAGUAAAAUGUACAAGUUCAUCUCUUUCUAUUUACAACCAAUAAAUAUUGAAAAGGGGGGGAGGG